UCUCUUCCAUUAGUGGGAGUAUUCAAAUGUUGGAAAAAGGUAGUAAGAUGUUCAAAGUGAUUUGUAAAUCAACUGGUGGUAGACCAGUGACAAUGUCUAUCACUGGACCAUCUGGUGUUGUGGAGAACAUGACUAACAUUGUUGAAGUCAGUGACAUUAAGGGAGUGGGUAAUGACAGUUUUUCAGCUGAAGCUAACUGGAAAAAGGAACUCAUGGAGAUAUGUAUGUGUGUUUUGCAUCCAAUGGAGUGUUUAAUGCUUCAGAUGUUGUUUCAUUGAAAGUUGCUGGGUGUCCAGAUCUACUGUUAGUGGUACAGACAUCAGCUACGUCAGUGAUAGUGGAGUGGAGUCAGCCAUCAGGAGGAGCCACAGUGACUGGAUAUGUAGUACACUACAGUGAUGGAGUCAAUAACAUGACAGAGAGAGUACCUGCAUCCUUCACUAGUCACAGUAUCACAAACCUAACUAGAUGUUCUGACUACACAUUUUCAGUUGAAGCUGCUUCAGAGCACAUCUCUGGAUUAUCAAGAACAGUUGAACUUUCAGGUACAUCAGAACUAUCAGUGAAUGUCACAGCUGAAGCAGUGAGUUCAACAGUCAUCUCAGUCCAAUGGGACCACCUGAGAGCCUGCAGUCCAGUCAGUCAUCUGUCUGUUAAAUUCUCAGUGAAGUACACUGCAGUGUUCAGUGCUGUCUCUGAAGUUAUAAACCAAACUGGAGAAUUAAUUGUAACAUCAACUGAGGCAAUGCUGACUGGACUCACUCCAUACACCAACUACUCCAUUACAGUAGCUGUAGUGAAUGAGAUGGGAAACGUGGGACCAUACAGUUACCCCACCACUAAUAGAACUUUGGAAGAUGUUCCAGGUCCAGUAGGUGCAGUCACGGCAUCUCCCUCUCUGUCUCAAGUAACCCUGACAUGGGAGCCACCACUGAUGCCUAAUGGAAUAAUCAUAGCAUAUGAGGUUUCCUACAGACAAACAGCUUCCUCAGAGCCUGAGACUAGAGUGAACUCCUCUGCUCUGGCCACUAAUUUCACCACAGAGAGCAACCUUGAGGAGGCCACUGAAUUCAUCUUCUCUGUGAGAGCCUACACCAGAGUGGGACCUGGAAAUGCCUCCUCUCUUACUGUGGCUACACUAGCUGCUGAUUCAAUUCCGACUUUAAUCAAGACUGCUGCUAUAUUUGGUAUUGGAAGUGGUGCAGCAUUAAUUGGAAUCAUUACUUUUGGAAUUUCUAUUGCCUGCAUUGUGUUCAAAAGAUCACAUCGCAGAGCCAGGCCAAGAUUGUACACAGAGGAUAAUCCAGCCUAUGGUGUAACUCUGGGUGUGAGAUACAAACCAUCAAGAAAGACAGAUUCAUCACCUACCCAUACACAGGAGCCUGUGUAUGAUACAAUCCGUUAGUAACAUGAAUUCACCUGUAAUUUCGUUUAAGAGAGCAACUUUGUCUCUCUUUACAUAAUGUUAUAUGCAUAAAAUAGCUGUCUACAAACCUGAUACUCAAUGGUCAAUGGUACGCAAUUGUCCCCCUACGGAGGAACUGGUCAUUAUCCACACAAAAAUAUCAAAGAGUACAUGUCUGGGAUAGGCAUGUGCUGCUUGUGUAUUUCUCAGAACAUGAAACACAUCUGUGAGCAUUUUCAAAACUCAAAACAAUAAUUCUUGCAAUUGACGAACCUAAUAGUUAUAUAUAGCUAGUUUUAUAAAUGGCACAGAGACUCAACUG